UAAAAUUGCUUGAAAUUUAACUAUUUGACUUUAGCAAAAACAUUGGGCAAAUUGUUUCUUCACUAUGGACGAUGAAGCCGAAACUUAUAAGUUGUGGAGAAUUCGGAAAACUAUAAUGCAACUUAGUCAUGAUCGAGGGUAUUUGGUUACACAAUACGAACUGGAUCAAACGUUAGAGCAAUUUAAGGAGCAAUUUGGUGACAAACCUAGUGAAAAAAGGCCUGCGCGGUCGGACUUAAUUGUAUUAGUAGCACACAACGAUGAUCCAACAGACCAAAUGUUUGUUUUUUUUCCGGAGGAACCCAAAAUUGGAAUAAAGACAAUAAAAACUUAUUGUACAAGAAUGCAAGAAGAAAAUAUACACAGAGCUAUAGUUGUUGUUCAAGCUGGAAUGACACCUUCUGCAAAACAGUCCUUAGUUGAUAUGGCACCAAAAUACAUUUUAGAGCAAUUUUUAGAGUCAGAAUUACUUAUCAAUAUUACUGAACAUGAAUUGGUACCGGAACACGUCGUAAUGACACCAGAGGAAAAACAGGAAUUACUUGCAAGAUACAAGCUAAAAGAAAAUAUGCUAAUGCGGAUACAAGCUGGUGAUCCUGUAGCAAGGUAUUUUGGUUUAAAACGGGGCCAAGUUGUUAAAAUUAUUCGACCAUCUGAAACUGCUGGACGCUACAUUUCCUACCGUUUAGUGUGCUGAGGAUACACUGUAUUCAAGAAUUUUGCAAUGGAAACCAUUUUUAUUUUCAGUUUAGAUACAUACAUAUAAUUUUUCAUAAAAAAUUCUUACCGAAAAAUAAGAAAGUUAAAAAUUAAAGUAAGAUAAAC